UGCGAACGAUUCCUGCCAACUAUCGUUAUUUCAGUCGCCAGCCCGCCAGGAUAUUCCGAUGGGACGGCGCCGCUCGUGUAAUGCGACCAUACGAUGACACGACGCCGGACGUUGGUAUUGCUGUGCUGGGCGCUCUGGCUAACGGGAGGCGAAGGGCUGGGCAGCGCCGCAGCGGCCCAGCUUGCGACUGGGACCAGAGGGCAGAGCGACACGGCAAAAGGGUUCAUCGGGUUUGAAGGGGCGGUGUCGAGGCGGAACACGGGCGACGAUGAGCAGCAACAUCUCAGAGAGACAUACACGCGACCAUCGGAUCCCCUUCGAUUGACCAUUACAUCACCGCCGGCUCCGGUGCCCACGGCCUGGCCAGAGAGGUUGCAGCUUCAAAAUCGGCAGGAUGACGGGAGGCCAAUAAACGACGACGGCGGCGACAAUGGGGCGGCAUCUCCUCCUCCUCUAGCCAUCCCGGAGGCGUUCACGGAUGCAAGCACCAGAAUAUCGAGCAGUGUGUCGAGCAGCGUGUCGAGCAGGGUAUCGUCCUUUUUCACCUCCGCCAUGAUGUCGCUCUCGUCUGCUUCGUUUAGGGACGUCCAAUCUGCGCUCAGGGCCGGGCGUGAAGAGGGGGCGGCGUCAGCGACGGCGGAACGCAACUCUACCGCAUCGGCCACCGUCUCGGCGUCGGAAGGCGCCAGUAUUGCUGCUAGCUCUUCAUCCCAACCGACGGCCACCGCGACAGACAACGCCGAAGUAAUCGCGAGCAUCCGGGCGAGCGCGAGCAGAGCGAUAGAAGAGGCGAGAAUCAGCGCAAGCAGCAGUGCACAGAGUGCCGUCGAUGCUGCGAGCGCUAGCGCCAGCGCCGCCAUGGCCAGCGCAGUCGUCGCCCCCGACCAAGGCUCGAACCUAACCCCGGGCCAGAUCGUAGGCAUCGUGAUAGCGGUCGCCUUCAUAGCGUCGCUGCUGUCGGCCCUGGCCACCUGCCUCUUCAUGCGUUGGCGCAGGAAGAGACAAGAGCGGCGGGAUCUUGGCGCCAGCAAGUUCGAGCCCGAGUCGCCGCUCGAAUUCGGGGCGGAAGGGCUGGCCCCUCUUCCCGACAUACCUCCCGGCGAGAUAUCGUCGUUUCCUAAUUACAGCCCCAUCUACAACUCCAUGCGCACCGUCCCAGCGGCGGCAGGCCGCGACAGAGAACCGGACCUGGAUGUCGACUUCGCCUUCAACCUCGGCCAGAAACCGCCCGCCGCGCUGCCGGCAGCACCAGCGCCGCCGCAGCUCGACGCCGCGCGCCCGCUAUUGAUGUCCCACAGCGCGCGCCCGCUCUCCGUGCCGGGCCCCGACGGCACCAGCCCGAUCCUGCCCGUGUCGCCGCUCAGCGUCUCGGGCGACGCGAGCGCGCCGCUCGGCCACAGCGUCAGCAGCGUCAGCGCCAGCAGCAGCCGCGGCAGCCGCGGCGGCCGAAACAACAACAGCGGCGACGCCUCGGCUGCGCCGCUGCCCCCGCUGCCGCCGCCGCCGCCGGCUCGCCAGCGCUCCAUGACCACCGGCGCCUUCGGCACCGCGCCGCUCUUCCUCAAGCCGCCGUUCGCGCGCGGGCCCGGGAAGAAGAACACGGCUGCCGUCGACGCCCCCCCCGAGCCCGGCAAUCCCCUUUCCAUGCACCCGGUGCUGCGCGCGGACCCCGGGACCGUGGGCGCCGACACGAUCGGCGUCGGGCUCAGCGGCGACGUGUUCGCGCUGGCGCACGGCCGCAGCCUGUCCGAGGGCGGCGUGGCCCCGCGCCACAUCGCCAUGCUACUGCAGCGUCCGCCGCUGCCGCCGCCGUUGCCGUCGUCGUCGUCGUCGUCGCGCCCCCAGCUCCAGAUCCGCCCCCCCGCCGCCGGUGAAGGCGUCCCCAACUACAGGUACGCGUCGUCGGGCUCCUCGCACGGCUCUAGCGCGCCCCUCGCCGCCCUGGCGCCCCCCCGCCCCCCCGCCAAGUACAGCCUCACCCCGACGCUGCUGCCCAUCCAGGUGCCGAGCCCGAGGCGGCCCCCCGACAGCUACCACUACUAUAACCAUAGCCAGAGCGCCUUGUCGACGCCCCGGCAGGAGGACCACCCGCGGCUGACGCCGUCACCGUGGUAACGUAGUGUCUAGCCCACAUUCAUUAACCACCUAUUAUUUAUCUACUUUUUUGUUCUUCCAAAUUAUAUACCCCUCGCGAGGACCCUCCAUAGGGAGUACUCGUUUAUUGAU